AUGGCAAAUGUAGCCGAAUUCACCUUGCACAACAUCCUGAUAAAUACCAGCAGUUUGAUAGACAUUCUAUUCAUAAAAGCUUUCAAAUCAAUGGGCCUAGAUAGGCGAACACUGGAGCUAGUAGGCAACUCAUUAUUAGGAUUCAGCGGAAAGAAGAUAGAUGCUCUGGGCAAGAAGGCCAUCCCGGUUUCAUUCGAGGAAGGCAAAAGGGUCCGCAUAAAGACCAUCACCUUUGAUGUGGUCAACAUGGAUUACCCUUACAGUACUAUCUUCGGUAGAGGUUUCACCAACCAAUUCGAAGUAGUAGUCAAGUAG